UUAUGACUUUUUAUUUUUUAUGACUAACUGAUAUUUUGUGUUCGUUUUAUUAGUUUAUUUGAAUUUUAUACUAAAUUUGACCAAAACGAUUCUGUGGUUGAUGCUUAGAAUUUCGGUACAUUCUUCGUUUUGCCAUUUCCAAAAAAUGUAUUCUUAUUUUAUUACUAUUUUUACUAAUAAACAAUUUUGUAAUAAAUCAUUUAAAAAAAUUUUCGUUCGCUCCUAUAUUACAGACUGACCCUUGUACAGAAUUAUUUUUUUAAUCAAUAUCUUCCAGGGUCGUCAAUCGAUUAUUUAGUUUGUACUCCCGAUUGAUUUCGAUCGCGUGGACUGGCGAGUGGUACCAGGACACGCUCAGCGAUUAAGUUUGAGGGGAAGGUCCAGAGUUUCGAGCGUGAAAAUUUACCGGAAGCGCAAUCAAGGGCGCAGACGCGGCUCUUAUAGAUUUUCCUGUUGGUAGCUCGGUGUUCGUACGAUAUGGACACAACAGCUCCUGGGGGGUUGCUAGUACACGAUGAGGGUGGCGGUUCGCCCGACGUGUAGCAUCCACGGAAGGGAAAAGGAACUGCGCACAGUAGUCGGAGGUGGUGGAAUCGGAGGUGGAGGAAGAGCAGGAAAAAGAGGUAGAGGUAGGAGGAUAUAGCGAGAGGACAGAAGCGACGGGCUAGGCCAACCGUCUACACCGUGAACUGCCCGAUCCGGAAUGAAUAAUCUCGCGUAUAGGUGGUGCCCGACGUGAAGGAUUUGGACAUGUGACCAAGGGUGGGUGCAUCGUCGGGAUGCAUCUUCGUGGUGCAUUGUUGUACUCGUACUUACGCGGUUAAACACGUGGUCCCGUCCUCCGAUGCAUUUCCUGAAUGAUAGCAUAGCUGAAUGGACACGGUAGCUGAGGCGCGGCGCGACGUAUGGAUAGGUAAAACUUUUUGACGAACAGGAAACGUGCGGCAUGGGUCUGUCGCGUCCCUCCCUGAAGGGAUACUUUUUCUACAUUUUGUGCCUGUGCGGUCUGCUCUUGGUCGUCCUGUACCUACGGCAGGACGAAAUAUGGCAUCGUAUGCGAGUCAGACCCCACCUAAACAUGCCCCACCGCGAGCUCCACAUCCAGGUAAAAAAGAAAUUCCCUGAUUUGCCUGAAAAAUUCUAUUGGCGUGACAUAUCGAAUUGGCCUGAAAAAUCGAAGAAACCGACAAUGCAAGUUUUGCAGACUCGGGAAAAACCGAAGAAAAAGAUUCUGUCCGAGGUAUCCAACCUAACUGGCACGACUCUGAAACGCAACAGUUUAGAAUUUACGGAUCCAUCGAAAAGGCCUUGGUAUAUGAAAGGAGGGACCAGGAGGCCGUAUCCUGCCAUAAAAUCGCAUCGCACCGGUCGAAGACUGGCGCGAUUAUGGCCCGACGAAGACGCUUAUGACGAUCGUGUUACUAAUCAACUAAUGUAUGUGCCUACCGAUUACAACAAAACCAGCGCCGAGCAACGGUUGAAAAAAAUAAUGGUCCCCCACGGUAUGUCCGAAGCGAAAGUGGGUCCAGAUAUAUUUAUUCAGCAUCGAUGCCCAGUAAACACUUGCACGAUUGUUAGAGACAACCCGGAAGAUGCUGACUUGGUCCUUUUUAAAGACUACGUAACGCACGUGGGCAGAAGAAAUCCAAAUCAACAGGUGUGGAUGCUGUAUUUUUUAGAAUGCCCUUAUCACACGCAAAGCGUGAAGAAUGCUAUUAUUAAUUGGACGGCCACUUAUCGACGCGAUAGCGAUAUAGUUGCGCCCUACGAAAGAUGGCAAUAUUACGAUGCCAGCAUUACACAGAUACCACAAACGUUUAACUACGCGGCUAACAAGACUAAAAAGGUAGCAUGGUUCGUCUCUAACUGUCAUCCACGAAACCAACGUAUGCAUUAUGCUAGAGAAUUGUCGAAAUACAUUCAAGUGGACAUUUACGGUACUUGCGGAACUUUGCGGUGCCCACGCUCACAGUCCCAGGCGUGUUUCGAUAUGCUCGACGAAGAUUACAAGUUUUAUCUCGCUUUCGAGAAUUCCAAUUGCAAGGAUUACAUCACAGAGAAGUUCUUCGUCAAUGGGCUCAGGCACAACGUUCUGCCGAUCGUAAUGGGUGCGCACCCUGCGGACUACGCUCGGAGUUCGCCUUAUCGGUCGUACAUUCACGUGGACGAGUUCGAAUCUCCGAAGGAGCUCGCUGAGUAUCUUCACCGUUUGGACCACGACGAUGAAUUGUACAACUCGUACUUCCGGUGGAAGGGUACCGGCGAAUUCAUAAAUACGUACUUCUGGUGUCGCGUGUGCGCCAUGCUGCACGACGACCGUCCGUCGAAAUUUUACAAAGACGUGAACGAGUGGUGGAGAGGCGACGGGAUAUGCACGACGACCUCGUGGCGUGAACACGAUUUGGUCCGUCGAUCGGCCAACUCGGACACUUGAACCAGUUCUCCGUGAAAAAAGGAGAGAGAGACUUCAAUUCGAGUGGGAAACGACGACGCGGUGCGUCCGAGUUCAUUUGAAUACGCUUUCGUCGAUAGAAUCGUUCGGACUUCCAAAGGUGCGUGAAAAAAAAACGUUACGUUAUGGACUUGAGUAAUGACACGGUUACUGGUUACUCUGCCGAGUUUCGUUGACCUUUUAAUUAAUUUGUGUGUUGCGACACGACUAUCCGUGGACUUCUAGGAACCAAGACUCGAUUUAACAAUUAUAGUAAAGAGCGGAUAGUCUUAUUAUUAAUCGAUGAAAAGACUGCCGACUACGAAUUUGACAAAAACGGUUAGGGAUAUUCGAAUUUGUAUUUUUCGAUCUACGACACGGUGACUUUUACACAUCAAUUGAAUAACGGAAUCUCCCCACUUUAGAUAAAUGAAAAUAACCGCUUGCGUUUAGUAUAAUUAAAUACUUGUCUUCUUUCCUUGAAAGCGGCGGUAAUAAAUUGGUGUUUCAUUAAAUAAUUUGAGUACUAAAAUAUUAGGAAGAAAAUUCUUCUUGGAUUAUUCGAAACAAUCAGUCGUUUGAAACUUUAGUGAUCACCAAAUCUAAAGUUUCUUCUUUUCUUUUGCAAACACCAGUUACGCACAGUGCAGAUAGUUUUAGCGUAUCACCAAUUGCGAAUUUCUAUCGACGUUCCUCCGAUAUUUAUACAAACAGGAUUAUUUUUGUUUUCUUAUUGUUUCAAUAUUCCAGUCAGGAAUUUGCACAACGGUACUCUCGUAAAAAUGUAUGUAUUAUUACGAUUGCGGUAAUUUAACUAGACAAGGUGUUUUAUACAGUUAUUAAUAAAUAACGAGCAUUGACAUUAGUUAGCUAGAAAUUAAACACGUGUUUGCUAAUCGUGAGAUCGUUCACGGACAAAUAUACAAACAGAAAUGUGCGUCGCAUCAGCAUUCAAGAAACCAGUGUACUUCGCAUAAUUUUCGAACGUCGUACAAUGCUUGAUGUCCUAUACACGUUGCAUGUAAAGUAUCAAGAACUUGGAACUUGUCACUGUCAGACAUAAAAAGAUGAUACCGCGUGGCAUCGUAUCGAGGCAUGAAAUUUUUUACAACGCGUCAAACAAGGAGAGAACCGUAUAAAUCAAUGAAAUCUAAUUUCCAUACAGAAUGCUUGUAAAAAAAGUAUGUGGAUAUUGUACAGAGUUUGUUCUCAAUGAUUUACCAACGAACUUCAACAAGGUUCAUUAACUUUAAUUUUUAGAAAUUCGUGCUUUGUUGGGUUUUGUGGCAGUGACGUUAUUGUUGUUUGUCGUACGCAUAUAAAAGAAAAGGAAUUCAGUGUAUGAUAGCAUAUAAUGUUCCUGGUGUACUUCAACAAUGUGAAUUUUAUCUGUGUCCACUAUUCGAAUAAAUAUUCAUGUGGGCGUA